GUAGUUUAGAUACAUAUAACACCACAGCUGAAGUCAGUUAGUUGGUUGGUCAGUGUUUUUCGUUUGGACGUGCAAUAUGGACUUCACUGGAUAUUUGUCUGUGUUGGUCUGUUUUUUCUGUGGUGGUUUGGCUAUGGAAGGACCGGAACUCAUUCUACCAAAAGAUUGGCAUCUGCCUAGACUGGACCCAGUCAGGAUUGGAUACAAGCGUUAUUAUAGCAUAUUUAAAGCUACAGCCAAACAAGAUAAAACACACUCAAAUAUAAUUACCAUCAGUUCUAAACCACCUAUCUUUGAAAUCCCCAAGUUCUUGACGUCAGAGGAAUGCGAUCAUCUUAUCAUGUACUCCAAACGUGUUGGAUUCAAGCCCAGCCCGCAAAUAAAAGAUUCAACAGAGAUUAACGAAGAGACUUCACAGAAAACUUUCGAUAUUUGGGAUUAUGAUAAGGAUGGUUUCAUAAGUCCAAGAGAGAUUGCCUGGCUGCCUGGUAAAGCAGAUAUCUACCUCACAGAUGCUGAUGUUUUGAAAAUGUUUGAUGAUUUGAAGAUGGAUACGAAUGGAGAUGGAUUGAUCGAUUUUGAAGAGUUCCAAAAGGUAACAGUUCCAGCCAUCGUGGAAUACUUUGAUGAGUUGAGAAGAAUUCCACGCAUGCGCAGUCGUAACAGCGAGCAGGCCUGGAUGUUUCAUGAUAAUCCCAAGUAUCCCUUACUGGCUGACUUUCACGGAAGACUAGAACGUUUGACAGGAUUACCCAUGCAUGUUAUACGUCAUAGCGAACCAGUACAGGUGGUUAAAUAUGGCGUACAUGGACACUACCACAGCCAUCACGACUCAGAUGAUGUCAAUAGUACAGUGCCUUGUUGUACUCUACAUAGAGAGGAAGAGUGCCGGUUAUGCAGGUACAUAACUGUACUCGUGUUUCUGAACGAACCGUUAGAGGGAGGUGAAACAGCAUUUCCUUUCGCUAAUAACAAGACAUUUGAUCAAGAAGCUUUGAAGUCUGAAGGAUACAAGUUGAAUCUAGCGAAACACUGUCAUGAUGGGAACCUGUACAUUAAACCCAAGAAGGGUAAAGCGAUUAUGUGGUACAACCAUUACAGGGACGGCAAUACAGGUUGGCUUGGUAAGCUGGAUGAGAGGACAUAUCACGGUGGAUGUGACGUCAUUCAAGGAACAAAAUGGAUAGCAAACAUGUGGUUGGACGUAAUAGGAAGUUCUGGGUCCGAGGAAUCAUUCAAAGGAUGGCUACAUGCUGACGAGGGCAUGGAUACCCUUCUUAAAACCAAAACAGAAAAAAAGACCGAAGACGAUAAACCAAAAGAAGAACUAUAGAUUAAUAAUCGCACCGCUAGCUGUGAAGUUUAAUGCAUCUUUGACGUCACAGUUUAAAAAUGACUCGAGUGUGACGUCAUUAAAUGACUUUAUAUACAUCGCCUAAUAACAAAAAUAUGAAAUGUGUUUUUGUCACUCGGUAAAGAUCUAUAUGUUAAGUGUAUGCUACAUCGAGUGUAUGAGCAGAUUAACGGAUAUUCCGAGCGGGUUCCGAACUGUGUUCGUCCCGUCUCGUGUUGGGUAAAAGAUCACGCGCGGAUUUGAUUAAAAUAUAGAUCUAACACGACCUUCACUCGUAAAGCCUCAGUGGCCGAGCGGUUGAGAUCUCGYCUAGCAAACGAGAGGUCAGUGGUUCGAGUCCCGCGAGAACCCGAUGUAGCUUACACUYAUAUACACAUAAAAAAACUUAUUUAUAACAGUUGUGUUUUUUUCGUAACAAAGAAGGCGUAGCCGAGUGGAUCCGCACUACUUUGACAAUGUGAUGACGAAAUUUAUCGUCAAUAAGAAGACAGACACCUAAAAAACGGUGUCUAUUUGUUUUUUUACAAUAACAAAAACGAUAAAAACUUCUCAUUUUUACUGAUCAAAACAACCAACGGAAAGAGCACUCGCUCGUUGACGUCAGCUUUAUCUGUCUGUCCUCUUAUUGAUGAUAAAAAAUAACCAAUCAGCGCGCCAGAAAUUCGUAAGCUAUUGUAAAAAUAUUCUUCUCGGCUGAUUAACGAGUCUAUGAGCACCUACGAGGCUAGACAUUAAUACACGGGAUAGAAGCCAAAUACCAUAUGUAACUUUGUCGUCAAUAACAUUUAUAACAUAGCCAGGACAGAAUGCGCUUUCUAAUUGGUUGGAUAUUAUAAACAAGAAAUCGAUUGCGUCCACGGGCAUAGGUGAUUUUGCAUGCUGGUACGCGCUAUCGUUAAAAAUCGUCUUCAACCGUUUCUUUUCACUCUCUGUGACGUAAGCACGAGGAGUAGGGGAGUGCUUCUAGUCCUUCUUGGGUGCUUUCGGCGCUUCCUAAGUGCUUUAUUACUGAACGAAGCAGGAAAAACGCUGUUGUCUUAUUAUAUAGAAAGCAAAAAUUAGUUAUAGUUUUUGAUGCUGUUUUUUUACAAUUAUUGUGCCAAGUUUGCUGCGCGCGCGUAUGACGUCAUAAACAUGCUCCUAUCACUAAUAAAGCACAGUUCUAGCACAGA